ACUACACUAGGAACCUCAAGCUUCUUGCUUUUUUCGUCUUUAGGGUUUUCGUUGUCAAUCUCCGCAGCUCUUAUCUCUCAGCGAUGGCGAAGAACAGGAAUAAGAAGAAGCGAGGUGGGGCUGUUUCUAUGGACGUAACGGAAAAUUCCGUUCACGAGCUCCCUCAAGCGAUGGACGUGUCUGCGUCUACAGUUCAUAAACCAGCUUCUGGCGCUCUCGAUUUAAAGUUGAAGAAGGGAAGGCCAAUGAAGCGAUCAAAGAAUGUUAGGAAAACAAAAGCCAUCGCAAAGGCCAUUUCUAAGAGCGAGCAAUCAAUGGAGAAAAUUUUAAAAAAUCAAAGCAAAACUACCAGAAUACAAUCUGCAAAAACAUUGUAUGAAUGAUAGAAUCACUUUAUAGAAAAUUUUCCGUGAAAAUUGUAAAAUUUAUUUAUUUUUGUUCUCCUCGUAAGUUUUUAUUAUACUUUCCCCACUCACCAUUUAGUUUUUAAUUGUAUCAAUCUAAUCUGGCAUUUAUUUAUUUUA